GCGUCUGUCGUUUUUGAUAGCCUGUCGAUUUUUCCAUACGAGGCAAAUAAUUGUGUUGUACAGAAUGCGUCUUAUGUAAUGUGAUUGUGGUACAUAUAUAAACAGCGAUUUCGUGUCGUUUGGAUUGUUUGAAUAUUAGGAGCAGCUAUCUUUAAAUGUCGGUUAUCUGAGUCUUGCGUUUAUUAGAAUAAUAUGAUCAUCAAUAUUUAUAAAUCUGUCGGUAAUAUUCGCAUGCCUGUCGUUUCAUUUUCCGUUGGAUGCAGGAUGCUUGUCGGAAUUUCAAGGUUUCAUUUUUUUCCACUUAUACAUUAAAGGACGAAUAUUUUGAGAAACUCGUAAGAAUUAUCAAAAGGUGUGAAUGAAGUCAUUAUCAUAAAAAUUGUUGCAAACAAUUCAUACAGUUCGUUGAAAGAUUCGUAAACGGAAGUAUUGUGUGAACAGAUGGAGACUAUCGUAAAAAUAUUGCCAUAAUCAAGUGUUCUUAAUUUAUGGAGAUAUAUUGCGUAGACAAAGUGUACGAACUAUGUUAUGAGUAGGUGUAAUUUUUCUUACUAUAGCAAAUAUUUUGGAGUUAUAAACGUUUAAAAGAUAUGAUUGAAGCUGUCCUAUGACAGACACUAAUAUCCGAAAAUGGAGGUAGUUUAAAUAAAAUUUAAUUAUAAUAUAUCGAAUGUCUUAUAUUUAUUUACCUAAUGAGAGUUGUCAGUAAGGGGACAUGAAAUUUGUACUGCAAUUUGUAAUCAUGAUACUGAAGAAAAUCGGAUACGAUAUUUCUGAUGCGAAUUUUGACGUAAAAAGAAAAUUUUAUAUUAACAAAAAAAUCUCCUUGUAAAUUAAUUAAGAUAGUUUCUCUAUAAAUUGAAUCAGCCUAAAAAAAGCUGCAAAAAUGAGUAUUUUCGAAAUUUUUGCUGGAAGAUUAUUGGUAGUUGAUUUUUGCCUGAACGUCAUCAUUGUCUGAGACUUAUACCAUGAUGACUCAGAAUCUGAUUGGUGGGAGAGAUUCGGUGAAGCGAGCAACCGGUUUCUCUCGAUGCUCAUGUCGUUUUGUUUGUGGUUACAGGUCAUUUUUUGCAAUUCCUAAAAGUACUCAUUCGGCAUCGUGAUAUUAACAACCGGCAGGUGAAGAAUUAAUCUUGAAGGUGAAAGAAUCCAUAAUAAUACUUGAUAUGUGUGAUAGCAUAAAUUACUUCCUGUUUUUCACACAAUAGUUUCAUUAUUCCUCUGCUUGUUUCCACACUGAUUUCACCUUGUACAAGCAAAGCACGAAAUAAAUUGUGAAGAAUGUAGAGAAUUUUAUGUUAUUGCUACUUUAUUUUAUUAUGUUCACAGGCCGUAUCACGAUGUUACGUUAAGACAUUAUUUUCUUAUCGAUAUCUUUGAAGAGGUAACCUCAGACUGACGCAAUACCAAAUUAAUAUUAAUAUUUCUAAUUAUUAGGUCAUUGAAAGCAUCCAUCAUAAGAAGUGCACCAUUUUACUAAAAGCUUUUAGUAAACAAUCAGCAGUUGCAAUUUCUUUAGGACCUCUAAAAUUAUUCUAUAUCUAACUUAACUAUUUAUUUAAAAAUUAUAUACCGAUCAAAAAAUGUUCUCUAUUCUAUUCCUUUCUUCCGAUUUCCGACAAAAACUGCGAAACAACAACACAAACAUAGCAACAAGUUGCAACAUCUAACUCGUACGUAAAGUCGACAACGAGUUUUCUAUGAUGACUUUAGCAAAUGACAAUUGUUCCAGCAGAUUCUAGAAUGAAAACCGCUAUCGCUAAACACUAUCUACAGUCGAAUUUGUGAACGAUAGUGUGAUCUGCUGGUAGAGGAAGAGUGGGGCGAACUGACUCAUUAUACCAGUAUAAACCACGAGUGCGUGCCGUUCGGUGAAGCCAGUCUUCCACCUGAUAAAGUGCUAUUGACAUCGGUCUGAACGUUCGCUUCUCUGGAAUGGACGCCGUGUCGGUUCUGGUAGCUCUUGCAGCCGUGGCGGUGGUAGUCUACUAUUACGCCUACAGAGGCUUGAACUAUUUCAAGAAACAUGGCAUUGACCAUAUCAAGCCGACGCCAUUCCUCGGAAACAUGGGGCAGUUCGUUUUCCGGAAGAAACCGAUGGCGGACGUACUAAAGAGGACCUACUACCAUAACCCUGACGCCAAGUACGUCGGCUUCUAUGAAUUCUCCGUACCAAUUAUUGUGUUGCGGGAUGUGGAACUCAUCAAGAAUGUCGCGAUUAAGAACGUGGACUCGUUCGCCGAACAUCGAGAUUUCAUACCAGCGGAACUGAAUCCACUGUUUGAAAAGAUGCUGUUCGUCUUGGGCGGCAACGAAUGGAAGGACGUAAGGGCUCAACUGACACCCAUAUUCACAUCCAGCAAGAUCAAGGCUAUGUUUAUGCUGAUGACGCAGGUCGCGUCGCGUUUCGCGGACUAUCUGACCAAGCUGCCGGAAGAAGAGCGAAGCGAACUGGAGUUCAAGAACGUGAUGACGAAGUACACGAACGACGUGAUCGCCAGCUGCGUGUUCGGCCUUGACGUCGAUACCUUCAAAGAUCCGGACAACGCUCUCUACGCCAACGGGAAGAAGGCAACGAGCUUCAACGGAUUCCUGCCAGGCAUCAAGUUCAUGAUACAGAGGAACAUGACCUCGAUCUCGAAGUUGCUUAACAUCAAGCUCAUUGGAAAGGACGUCGAGGACUUCUUUGGGAACACAAUCAAGGAAAACAUGAAGUACAGGGAGGAGAACGGCAUCUACCGGCCGGAUAUGCUUCAGCAUCUGCUUGACAUCCAGAAGAACAACAAAACCGAGAAGCCGUUCAGUGACAGAAGCGUGAUCAGCAACGCCUUCAGCUUCUACUUCGGCGGAUACGAUAGUGUCUCGAGUCAAGCCAGUAUGGUUAUGUAUAAUUUACUAGCGAACCCAGAAUGUCUGAAGAGAUUGCAGGAGGAGGUUGAUGAGGUUCUUGAGAACACGAAGGGACAGAUAACUUACGAGGCCAUAUCAGGUAUGGAGUACAUGGAUGCCGUGGUGAACGAGGCGCUGAGGCUUUAUCCGGCAGUUAUUUUUCUGGACAGGCAGUGCUCGAAGGAUUUCGAAUUGCCGCCAGCUGUACCCGGUGGCAAACCGUUCACUGUCAAGAAGGGAACGAACUUGUGGAUCCCGGUUCACGCGAUUCAAACCGACCCCAAGUACUACGACAAUCCUGACCAGUUUGACCCGGACCGAUUCCUUCAGGAUGGUAAAAGGAUCCUGGGUUCCGGGACAUACAUGCCGUUCGGAAUAGGGCCCAGAAUAUGUAUCGGAAUCAGAUUCGCGACGAUUGAGAUGAAGGUCAUGAUUUUCUAUAUACUGGCUCGCUGCGACCUGAAGAAUUGCUCGAAAACUGAGAUACCUUUGAAAUUGUCUGUAAACGUGCUUGGCAAUGUUGCGCGAGAUGGAUACUGGAUGAAUAUACAGCCUCGAGAAAAUUGCAAUCGUUACGUUGAUAAUCUGAUACCUAAUGGUACUUGUAAUGCAGGUUGCCAGUAAUCUGGUCUCUGCGUCUGUCAUUUUUGACAGCUUGUCAAUUUUUCCAUACGGGGCACAUAAUUCUGUUGUAAAGAAUGCAUAUUAUGUAAUUCGAUUGUGUAAUCCGACGUAAGCGAUUUGUUAUCGUUUGGAUCGUUGGAGUACUAAAAAUCAUCAAUCUUAAUAAAUCUGUCGUUAAUACUCGCAUGCCUGUCGUUUCAUUUUAAGUUGAUUGCCGAAUGCUUUUCGGAAUUUCAAAAUUUCAUUCCCUUGCAUUUAUGCAUUAACGGACGAAUACUUUGAGAUGAUUCGAAUCAUUUUCAUGAAAAUUUUUACAAAGAAUUCGUACGAUUCGUUGAAUGAGUCGUAAACGGAAGUAUUGUGUGAACAGAUAGAGACUAUCCUAUUCAUUUUGCCAUAAUCAAGGGUUCCUAAUUUAUGGAAAUAUGUAACGUAGACAAAGUGUAAGAAACAAUGUUAGGAGUAGGUGUAAGUUUUUAUACGAUAGCAAAUCUUUUUGAGUUAUAAAUGUUUAAAAAGUAUGAUUCAAGCUGUCCUAUAGCAGAACAUCGUCAGAUACUAGUAUUCGAAAAUGGAGGUACUCUAAAUAAAAUUUAAUUAUAAUAUCGAA